UUAUUUUCUGCAAUUAUACUAAUGUAGGAAGUCAUAUUAACUAAUGAUGCGAAAGCUAAAAUACUCCAUGACUAUUUAUCUCAAGCUUAUGUUCCAUAACUCAGUGAUCAUCUUUUUAAGACUGAUGAAUACCUAAAGUAGGAGGCAGAAGAUUUUGAAAAGUGAUGUUAUUUUCUAUCUUAGGAUAAUUAAUUAAAGUGACGAAUUAACAGAAGAGCUAGUUGAAAAAAAAACAAUUAUUAGUCGAAAUGUUAAAUAGCUAAUAGAUAAAAUAUAAUCUGAAUAAGUAAAUUGUACUGUUUUUACAUUAAGGAAAAACUCAAAAAAAGUGAAACCUAUAAAAAAGGUAAGAAAGAUGAAUUGGCUGCUAUUCAAAAGGCUAUAGAUUCAAUUUCAAGUGCGAUGAAAGAAACGUGUUCAAAAGUAAUUGUUAUAUAACCACACACAGAUUGAUUCUAAGGAACUGAAUAAGAUAGGGUAAUUACCUUAAGGGAUGGAUUAAUUCAUGUCAAAAUUGUUCCAUAUCAUCUACAAUGAAGAUCAAGGUAAAUUCAACUGGGCAGAUUUCAAAAAGAAAGUGUAAUAUCCAUUAUUUAAAUUUCAGGUUUGAUUAAGACAAAGGCGCAGACUUUUAAAGUAGAUUAGCUAACUUUUAAUUUAAGGGUGUAAGUUAAGAGAAAGAAAACUUAUUGCUUGAGAUGAAGGCCGAUCCACAAUUCUAAAAGGUUUUUUAAGAUCCUUAAUACACAAAAGCAUUCUUAGAUAUUGCCGAUUGGGUAUUUAUAACGGCGAUUUAAAUAGAUUCACUUUGCAGUUUCAGGUAUUGAAAAUUAAAAAAAGAAAGACUAAUCGGCUGUUGAAUUUGAAAGAAUUGAUAAGGAAUUUGCAGGAAGAAAGGUUGAAUUGGAAAGUUAUCAAAGAACUCAUGUAUUUAUUGAAUAUAAUCAAUAGGACUUUUGGGUUUCAUAGCUUAAGUAUGUUGAGGAUCAACAAGUUUUAUUACAUCAACUAUAACCGAAUAUCAAGCAAGUAGCUUAAGAAAUUUCAGGCAGCAAAGUUUUAUUAGAAUAGCAUAUUGGAAAAUUCAUCUAAGGAGCUGAGAAAGUCAAUGAAUUAAUGAUUCCAAACAUUUGAUAGUAGAGAUAAAAUAAUCAUUUAUAAG